AUGUCCUUUUCACUUGCAUUUAUUAUACUCAACCUCGGUCUUGGUACCGUCGCUCGACCACAUGCAUCAGGCAUGAAAAAUAUCAAGAAUGUCGUCGUGCUUGUGCAGGAGAAUCGGUCAUUUGACACCCUCGCAGGCGGUCUUACCUACAAUCCCGAUAUUGAUGGAUUGGUUAACAGAAAGUAUUGCAAUCUAGCCAAUGUUUCGGAACCAAAUUCAGAGAACGUGUGCGCGGCCGACAUAGCGAAAAACGUCGCGUCGGACGACCCUGAUCAUACUAUCACCGGUGGUAACAUGCAAGUCUUUGGCACCUAUCACCCAGGUGUGGAUGCGAAGUCGUCCAUGAGCGGGUUCGUUACCGAGCAAAGCUAUAUGUAUAGCCUACAAAACAAUAUGAUGGAGGCAGCCGAGGUGAUCAAUUACUACAAACCCGAGCUUGUCCCCGUCACAAACGCUAUGGCAGAGAAUUACGUCCUAUUUGAUCGCUGGUUCGCGGCCAUUCCGGGACCAACGGAUCCCAAUCGCGCGUAUUUGACAUCCGGGACGUCUUACGGCCAUGGUGAUAAUGGAGAGGUGUUCUACAAUUCCGGGAUGCCCCAGAAGUCGAUUUUCCAGCAGCUGUCUGAGAAGAAUAUUACUUGGAUCAACUACCAAAACACUACUGACAUUGGACCCUCGAGCUUCCCGCCAGAUGCGAUGUUCUAUCAAUGGACUGCCAAGUCUGGAAAAGGCAAAACAAAUGUCCUUCCAAUCGAUCGCUUCUAUACAGAUGCCAAGGCUGGGAAGCUGCCCCAAUUCACCUGGAUCAACCCGGAAUGCUGUGAUUACAUGUCGAUGCACCCGAAGUCGCCCAUCAAUAUGGGUGAAAAUUUUAUGAAGGGUGUCUAUGAGGCGUUGCGAAGUUCUCCUCAGUGGAACCAAACCUUGUUCAUUAUCACCUGGGAUGAACAUGGAGGUUUCGCUGACCAUGUUCCCCCGCCUACUGGCGUCCCUUCUGGUGAUAGCCUCACUUAUACAGAAGAGGCAAGCGAUGGACAAAAUUAUACCUUCCAUUUUGACCGUCUGGGUGUGCGAGUACCAACACUGCUGAUCUCCCCCUGGGUCGAGAAGGGUUUGGUACAGAACAAGCCCAGCUCCGGCAAUAAUGAUUUUACUCACACCUCGAUUCUCAAAUUUGUGUCUGAGCUUUGGGGGUUGGAAAGCCUUACUCCCCGAGUUGAGUGGUCGCCCUCAUUUGGAAACUUGAUCACCAAUAGAUUCCGAGCCGAUACUCCAGAGACCCUGCCGAAUGCAGCAGGAUACUAA